AUGGCGAGAAGGAAAGAGGCGGUGCUCCAAGUCGAGAUAGAGGACGAGGAGGAUUGGGCACAAUUGUUGGAAAAGAAAGGUUUGAUACUCGCCGACGUUUUCUCGUCGUGGUGCGGCCCGUGCAUCGCGAUGGUGAGCAUGCUUCGAAGCGUGAAAAUGGAAGUUGGUGAAGCGAUCAGCUACGCGAUCGUGAAGAACGAUCACAUCAGCGAUCUCGAACGAUUCCGCGAAAGAAGCGAGCCGGUCUGGAUGUUCCUCGAAAAUGGUCAAAUGGUCAAUUUGAUGUUCGGCGCCAACUGUCCCCAGCUUCGAAAACUGAUAAUGUCCGAGAUCAAACGUGUCGAGUACAAGGAAGAGCCGGAAAUGCAGCAACCUGUCAGCACUAGGACCGCGGAGGAAGAGGUUGCGUGGCAGGAGAAGGAGGCCAUCAGAAAAGCGAUCGAGGAACGCGAACGUGCCAAGGAGGAGGCCGAGCGGCUUGAGAAGUACGAGGCGUUCUUGGCUCAGAUGAUAUUCGAGCUGAGCGAGUUCACCGCCCUGGUUUUCUAUCCGUGGGUGUUCAAAGACGAGCAGGGACGGCACAGGGACAAGUAUCAGUGCCCUCCGUAUCUUGAAUUGGUCAAUACACUGUUCAAACAGAACUACGACGUGCUAGAGGAGAUGCGAAUACAGUUAACCGAGGAAAUAAUCGAGAAGAUGUUCGUCGAGAGCAACGAGGAGAUUACCAAGGCUAUUGUAGCAGGAUUGACCGAUGGUAGAACGAUAGCGAUGAGACUGAAAGGUAGACGGCCUCAUCCCGAUUGGCCCGUGGCCUUUCCCUUCGAGUGCCCUAAGGGGGUUAAAAGGUGCCCUACACGAGAGAUCAACGAUGUAGAGAAUUAUCUGAUACAUUUGUUAACCAGCAAAGAGCCACUGCUUCAGGGUAAUGCUGUUCCUUUCAAUACAAAUGAUUCCUACAUGGAGAGGCACGUGUACGUUCACGAGCCUGAUCCUGAGGACGAGGAGGAUUUUCCUCGCACCCAUCCCGCUGUUUGGGUACCCCCUCAGGCCCGAAGCAAAGUGCACGUGUACACAAGCCUCUUCGCCAGUUAUAUGGAAUUGGUCCAUCCUUACGAGGAACCUGUACCGCCUCCUCCAUUCUGCGCCUUCAAAUUCUAUUAUUCAAAGUUCCCCAUUCUUAGUGAGACGUGUGCCCUUUUCCCGGACGCUAUCGAAUAUUUUGGUGCAUUCGAAUUCGAUGCUCCGCCAAUCGCAAGGCGAAUAGCAUCGUCCCCUGAAGACUUCGAGAGAAAGGCCAAGUAUCAAACUGGGAACGAGAUAUUCGUAAUAAUUCUCCGGCGGGUGAGCGAAGAUGCUUUCCUGUCAUUUGCCAGCAUUGAGCCGUACUUCAUCACGGAGGAUCAUGAAAAAGCAGAAGCGAUGAUAGACGAAUACUUCCCUGAGGGUGCUGAAGACGCGAUCCUCGAGUUAUACUUCGAAGAAGAGAUCGAAGAGGAAGAAGAAUAUUAUGAAGAAGAAGAAGAAGAGCAUGACAUAGAGAUCCGAAAAGAAGAAGAAGUAUUUGCUACCUAUGAGUUUAUGUGAAUUUGAUCUUCUAGCAUUAAUAAUCGAUUAUAUCAUGGUACAAAACGCAACGACUGAUAUGAGCGGCAGCUACAAAAUAGCACGAGAUUAGCGGAAAAUCAGCCGCUACCAGAGAAUAAAUUGAAUCGCGCUGAUCGAAUUAACGAGGUAAUUUGUCACGCGACCGAUGCGAGAAAUUCACGCGUGAACAACACGCUCUCUCUUGUUCCUUCUAUCCUCGCUAAAUUUUGCUAAGCGAGCCGAACAAUUGAACCAUUAACCGAGGAGACGUUAGUCAUUCAGCUACUCAAUCUUCCAGCUCAAUCGGCCAUUUUCAUCCAUAUUUUAGAGAUAUUAUGCAUCUCGGAGGAACUUAAAAGGAACGAGAUAAUUUUUUGAAUCAUAUCAUUUAAAUCUUGGAAGGAAUAUACAAAUGGAAUAUACAAAUAACAUUGAAAUGCAAUUAUUAUUUUACACCGUAAAUUUAUGGAAAAUUUAAAUGUCCAAAAAUCUUCAAAAUAUACACGGUGUACCAAAAUAUCCAAAUUUGCAUAAGUAUCCACGAUCUAAUCAUUACAUCCAUAUAUAAAUGUUAUCAUGUACGAUAAUUAUACAAUUAAUCUUUUCAUUAAUUCUAGGAAUAUACAAAUGGAAUAUACAAAUAACAUUGAAAUGCAAUUAUUAUUUUACACCGUAAAUUUAUGGAAAAUUUAAAUGUCCAAAAAUCUUCAAAAUAUACACGGUGUACCAAAAUAUCCAAAUUUGCAUAAGUAUCCACGAUCUAAUCAUUACAUCCAUAUAUAAAUGUUAUCAUGUACGAUAAUUAUACAAUUAAUCUUUUCAUUAAUUCUAGGAAUAUACAAAUGGAAUAUACAAAUAACAUUGAAAUACAAUUAUUAUUUUACACCGUAAAUUUAUGGAAAAUUUAAAUGUUCAAAAAUCUUCAAAAUAUACACGGUGUACCAAAAUAUCCAAAUUUGCAUAAGUAUCCACGAUCUAAUCAUUACAUCCAUAUAUAAAUGUUAUCAUGUACGAUAAUUAUACAAUUAAUCUUUUCAUUAAUUCUAGGAAUAUACAAAUGGAAUGUACAAAUAACAUUGAAAUGCAAUUAUUAUUUUACACCAUAAAUUUAUGGAAAAUUUAAAUGUCCAAAAAUCUUCAAAAUAUACACAGUGUACCAAAAUAUCCAAAUUUGCAUAAGUAUCUACGAUCUAAUCAUCCAUAUACAAAUGUUAUCAUAUACAAUAAUUAUACAAUUAAUCCUCAAAUAUUCAAACACCUUUUAUAAUCGUAUUGGUAAUCCUUGGCCAAAAUUGUAUUUAAAUAAAAGUGUUGAUCGGUGGCAACGAACUCGAGAAAGUUGGUGGAUCACCCCUGAAAGGUUAGGAUCGACAGAAGGGUUCGGUGUACGAAGAAAGCCGCGCGUACAACUCGCGCGAAGAUAAAUUUACACGCGACUUCGCGACGCCGAUGCCUGUUCACGUACCCUCGUCUUCUUUUCCCUUCUGCGUUCCCUGUGAAGCGUUCAGCUCGUUUUCUUUUCGCGUGGUCGCAAAUAG